AUGGCGAUUCUGGAGGAGGAUACGAUACAGGAGGAAGACGAGGAGGAGGCGGAACAGGAGGCGCAGAAUGAACUGCAGGAGGACCUGAAACCGCAAGACAGUGGGGAUCUGCGUAUAGGGGCGGCGGCGGAGGAGAGGCUGCGACGACGGGCGCGCCAGGAGAAGGAUGAGGAGGAGGCCGACACCGACCUGGAACUCGAAGAGGAGAAAUCCGACUUUGACCCGACGGGCAAGACGACAUACCUGCACGUAUGUCGUGUGCUCGGGGUACUUCCGGUCUCCUACUUCCUUAAUCGCAUGACUGAGCAACACCUCUCUCUCGCGCACCAUGGAUUGGGCGCCCUCGGCAUGAAGGCACUCUCCUACCCUCUCAUGAAUAACACGUAUAUCAUUACGCUGGACCUGGAAGACAACUGGCUUGGUCCUGAAGGUGGAGAGGCGGCCUCUUGUAUGCUCAAAGAGAACUGCUACAUAACUGACAUAAACCUGUCUAACAACAAGCUGGGGUCUCGGGGUUGCGCGGCCAUCUUUCAAGUCCUCCAGUCUAACGUCUCCCUGAAGAGCCUCAACCUCGCAGGAAACGACUUCAAUGACAAUGAUGCUCGAAUUAUUGCGGAGACAUUUCUAGAGAACAGCACCCUUAAGUCCGUGAACCUGAGUCACAACGACUUUGGACAGACGGACACCACGGUGCUAGCUGAUGCUAUAUCGGAGAACGAAACUAUAGAACACUUGGACCUCAGCUGGAACCAUUUCCGGAGAAAAAGCGCUAAAAGUUUACUGGAUGGAAUAGCGACAAACAGCCGGUUGCGGUCGGUGAAUCUCGCGAUGAACGGACUCGAUAACGAGGCGACAUUCGGUAUCGCGGACAUCUUGCGUCAGUCCGGUUCCGUCACGCACGUCGACGUCUCUAACAACCGCAUCGGCGUCACCGGCGCGGCCAUUAUAGGGAAGGCACUAGAAGGGAACGACCUGCUCAAGUCGCUCAAGAUCGGAUACAACCCCCUGUGCGUGGAGGGGGUGAAGCUUGUGUUCCAUGGUGUCUGUCCCGAGGCCAGCUGUGUCGUAGAGCUAGAUUUCUCCGGUAUAGAGGUGGACAGAGAGUUCCGGGACCUAAAGGAGCAGCUGCAGAAAGCCCGCCCCAUUAUCGUGCUGCACGGGCCCGUCCUCAGCGACUACAUCAUCAAACCCAAGCGCAAACCACCAACCCAGCUGUUUGGGGUGCCCGUAGCCGAGCUGAGCCCUGACAGCGUGAUGGCCGCCAUGGUUGCUUUCUGCUCGGCCAACAAUGUGACCUUGUACGAGAAGCUCCUUAAACAGGACGUUAACGGCGACAAAACAGCGCACGUACAAGAAUUUGCCGCCGCUUUUGCCGCAGCAGGUCAACAGCUGUCUAACGGCCAAUGCGGGUUGCUAGAGGAGCUUCUGGGGCCGCACGCCAACGACGCCGGCUUCGUGGACUUCAGCUUUCUGAAGUAGACCAUUUCAUGUGUUCAUGCUCAACAAUAUGCGGAAAGGCAUUGGGACGGAUGUUUGUAUUUUGUUGUUCCUGUGGCGUCUUAUGUUUAU